CCCACCGGCGCUGCAGUGACAGCAGAGUGCGCCUGACACACACCUGAGUGACACACCUGAGAUCGGAGCGGGAGCAGAGGCACGUUCAGCUGAAGCCAGCACCGGGACAGCAUGAUAAGGAGUAAGAGCUCGCAGCGAUGCAGACGGGUUUAGUGUUCGCGCUGUGUUUGCUCUGGACACGAGCAUCAGCGUCCUCAGUAGAGCGACCGCCUGAGCCUCGAGAUGUCCACUUCUACUCGGAGAACCUGAGGAACAUCGUGAGGUGGACGCCAGGAGCAGGGUCUCCCAACGACACCGUCUACACUGUGGAGUACGCCAUUUACGGCGAUGAGGACGAGAGCGGCUCUAAGCAGCUGAGGUGGAGGCGUGUGGAGCACUGCUCCUCCGUCACACAGAGCCAAUGUGACGUGUCUCAGGAGACCUUUAACCUGGAGGAGGACUACUACGCCAGAGUCAGGGCCGCCAGCGCAAACACACAGUCCGUCUGGACCGAGAGCAGGAGCCGCUUCAGCCCCGCGCUCGACACGAUCCUCGGCGCACCGCUGCUGGACCUGACCGUGCUGCAAAACUACAUCAACGUCACGAUAAAGGGGCCCUUCAGAUGGAGAACGAAGAGGACAAAGAAAGAGAAGUCACUCUGGAAGAUCUUCCCACACAUGAUGUAUAACGUCUCUGUGUUCAACAGCGGGAGCAAUCACACGGAAUACAGGCUUCUUAAAAACGGGACCGUGACGCUGGGCCCCCUGGACUUCUCCACCCAGAUCUGUGUGAGUGUCCAGGCCCAGUCGCAGUCUCGGCCUCUGGCCUACAAACCCAGCGGGCGGCAGUGCGUCAAGACGGCCAAAGACCCGUUCAGAGAUCAGCUGCUGGCUGCGAUGCUGGGCGGCGUGCUGCCGUCUGCGCUCUGUCUGUGUGUGCUCACUGUGCUCGGGGGACUCGUCCACUGCUACAUCACCGACCACAGGCAGAAACUGCCCAAGAGCACGCACGUGGUUGGUAUGAGUGAAAGGCUCCACACUUUCCAGCCAGAAAAGCCUCCAACAUUCAUCUUCAACAUCAAAGUGUGUGGAGAGGAGUUGGCUCUGCCUCAGCUGGUGUGUGGUGAGGGCUGGUCAGAGGCGGAUGCUGAGGCUCUGAGCGCUGAUCCGCCGCCGCCGCCGCUGGGUUACGCUCAGCAGCACGCUCCUCCGCCGGCCGCCGCUCCACUACCGGACGAAGAGGACUCUGUGAGCGUGCACUCUGAGCCGCAGGAGCCGCAGCACAACGAGGCCGGAGAUUACGGCAUCGUGCUGCCGGCCGUGAGCAGCCCGUACCGGACACAAGAGCACACGGUGCUGUCUGUGAACGCCUGUAAGGAUGAGCCAGAUGACCAAGUACAGAUAUUCCUGGACUGGAGCCCAGAGACUCAAGAACUGAAGAUCCCUCUGAUGGGCUUGUUAGGUCUGGAGGAGGAAGCUCAGAUCCGGACUGAAGCGGUCACGCUGCUGCCUAACCUCAUCCUGAGACAGAGCUCGGAGGAAAACAGCGAGCCGGACGACUUCAUCAAGAUGGAGCGAGACUGGGGCCUCGUCAUCCACUCCAGCCCAGACUAACAGAGGAAUAACACGCUGCUUCAGACUCCUGACAGAAUAUGAAGAUCAUUUUGCUAUACACUUGCUAUUUAUCUUAUUUAUAGUGUUCAGGCUUACACACGAGACGAUAUUAGGACUGCAAAACAAUUAGUCGCAAUUAAUCGAUUCACAGUAAAAGUUUAUGUUUACAUGCUAUAUGUGUGUGUCCUGUGUAUAUUUAUUAUGUAUAUAUAAAUACACACACACAUACUUGUAUAUAUGAAGAGUUAAUUUGCAAAAACAUAUAACUCAUCGACUCAAAUCAUGUUUUUUGUCCUGCAUUCCAAUUAAUAUCAAUCAAACUGCAGUUGGGUUGUUUUGAUUAAAUAGUAAUAACUAAAACAAAUACAGCUAACUAACACAAUGAAAAAACAUGAUUUAAGAAAAUUAAUAAAAACAAAAUAAACUCUUCAUAUUUAAAAAAAUAUGUGUAUGUAUUUGUAUGUAAAUACUUGUAUAUUUAUAUUAUAUAUAAAUAUUUUACAUAUAAAUCUAACAUAUUUUUUCUUAAUAUAUACAUCUAUGUGCGUGUAUUUAUAUAUACAUAAUAAACAUACACAGUACACACAUAUAGUAUGUAAACAUGAUCUUUUAUUUUGAAUCGAUUAAUCGCGACUAAUCGUUGUGUAGCCUUAGACGAUAUAAUGAAGGAUUUUCAGUAGUCUUUGUUUUUUCAUUCACUGUGAACAUGAGACCUCAUGAACAAAGAUUCUGUAUUAAAUUACAUUUAAUCACAGACGUGCACGGCCUGGAAACUGCUCAAGGGAAAUAAACUCAGUUCUGGAAGCCAUGUUUGAGCCAGUCACCUGAGCUGUGUGCCACGUAUCAGAAAACUUCCAUCACUCAGCUAUUAAAAAGUCUAUUUCACAACAAAGCCCUCCAGAAAAAUCCCCUGGUAACACAUCUACUAUAAUAUAGUGAAAUAUGUGCGACUGUCAAACCCUGACCCCUUGUGCAGAAGCCAGAUUUCGUUUGAAGGGAAUGAAAACAAGGCUGUGAGCGAGAUAGAGUUUGUUCAGUACUGCUGUGUACAUCAAUGAUUUUCUGAUGAUACGUUGCAAAUAUAUAAAGAAGUGGACAAAUAAACCAUGCUUUGUGAACUUUAGAAACAUAAUACAGUAUGACAUUGUGCGUGUACUUAUCAACAAUGAUGCAGAAAAAGGGAGUUAUAUUGAAGGAAUUCACAUUUUAUAUUAUAUUGUAUAUAUCUAUUUUAAAUGUACAUAAACCAAAUGAUAUUUUUUAUUGAAAAAAACUUUGUUUAUUGUAAAAUGUGAUGAACAUCCAGAUUAAUAAAGUGACUAUAAAUGCUA